AUGGGGUUCCCCCUGUGGCCGUACCUCCCAAGCUUCCUGAUACCUUCCCAGAAGGGCGUGGCCGAGGACUUCUCGGGAGUAGUGCAGGAGGCAGGGCCAAACUCGGGCUUCAAGACCGGCGACGAGGUCCUGGGCAUCUGCCCCUUCCUCCCCGGGGGCACCCUGCAGGAGGCCAUCAGGCUCGACACCAAGAAGGGUUCCGUCGUGGUCCCCAAGCCCGCCGACUGGUCUUGGGAGCAGGCCGCCGCGCUGCCGCUGGUCUGGCUCACCGCGCGGACCGUCAUCGCUGAGGCCGAGAGCCACGUCAGGAACGGCAGGGUCGCGGUGCUGGGCGGGAGCUCCGCCAGUGGCAUGUACGCUGUGCACCUCGCGGCGCGCCGGGGGUGGACGGUGGCCGCCUCGUGCUCUGGCCGCAAUGCGGACUUCGUGCGCGGUAUGGGGGCGAGCGAGACCGUCGAUUACACGGCCGAGAGCGUGCCGGACCGGCUCAGGAGGUUCGCGCCAGACGUGAUCAUCGACUGUGUUGGCGGGACGGAGUGCCUGGGUAUUGCUAAAAGAUAUGUCACUAUCGUCGGUGACAAGACGAACCGGUAUACGAUGGGCGGCGCAAACACCUAUUUAUGGAACCCUCAGAUGAUCUUGCGUGCUCUCCUUGGGAGGGUAGGUCUUGGUCGGUCGUACACUUGUGUCAAUCUUGAGUUCAAGUACCCCUUCCUGGAGGAGAUCCUGAGCCUGCCUAAGGACAAGAUAAUUGUCGACAGCACCUUUGGCUUCAAUCAAGUUCGAGAAGCGUUCGAUAGACUAAACACUGGACGUACAAGAGGCAAGGUUAUAGUUAGAAUCAGUGCCUAG